UCUUCAUCACCCGAAGGGGCAAGAACUGUUUUUCACUGUUCGCUGUUUGAAGAACUUGCGGAAUUGAAAGAAAGCAACCUCUUAUUUCUUAUCUUCUCCAAUUUUCACUCUUCUCUCCUGCAAAUUCUUGGAAGGGGAGAAUGGCGUCUUCAGUGGAAGAAGCCAUCUCUUUCUCAGCGUUACUCCUCCUUCUGUUCUCCUCCUCGUUCCUCUUCCCUUCAAAGGCAACGACGAACCCGACUGGGGAUCCAACUCCGACUCCUUGGCCCCUUCAAUUCCACUCGUUUCUGUUCAUGAACAACACCGGAAAACUCCAGAAAGUGGACCUCUGGUACGACUGGCCCAACGGUCGCAACUUCAACAUCAUCCAGAAUCAGCUGGGAGAGCUCAAAUACGACCUCGAAUGGGACAACGGCACCUCCUACAUCUACACUCUCGAUCCUUCCAAUCAGAAAUGUAGGAUUUUGCAUUUCCCCGUCGGAAUUCUCCGCCCUAAUUGGCUUGACGGCGCCACCUAUCUUGGCAAGCAUUACGUCGAUAACUUCCUCUGUAAUUUGUGGCAGAAAGUCGACUUUAUCUGGUACUACGAGGACGUCCUUACUCACAGACCUGUCAAGUGGAUCUUCUAUACAGGAAUGAUUGCUCAUGUGAUGACAUUUGAGGUUGGGGCAGUGCUUGAGGACGAGAAGUGGCAGGCUCCCGUUUACUGCUUUGCUGAGGCUGAAGGAGGUGAGAUUCCUCUGUUUGAAGCUACUGUGCAUAGUGAUUCUCUUGGGAAGUUGAUGAGAGGAACAUCUAAUGCUGUUGAUGCUAUGUAAUUAUGGAAACCCUUUAUAUAUAAUUAUGUCAAUCAAUAAUUAAGUUUUUUUUU